GAAAAGUGAAUGUUUUUUUGCCCAGCGUCAUGAUAUGACAUCCUUUCCAUCACCUUCCGGUGCGCUGCUGGCUGUCUGAUCCUAUUUGCAUUAGAUGACAAAGGCUAUGAUAUGACAUCAUAGGUCACUCAUUGGUGAAUUUCACCGAGAUUAAAACAGAUUAAGUAUUAGUAAACACACACACACACACAGCCUACACAUACAUACACGCACGCCUCCUGCACAAUUACCUUUUAUUUGCAUGACAAACAUUUACAUUAUUAAUGGCACCAGAAAUGAAGGUAACAAAAUAUGUUUUUGCUGCUGAGCAACCUACCCAUUUCGCAAUGCCUUUUGCUUUUGCGCAUUGACGUUGUAUGACCAAUAUUCUCCACUUUACAUUUAAACUUUAGACAAUAAAAUCAUAUGCAGAAUGUAUUAGUUUUACUGUCACAACAUUAGUUUUAGUGUCACAACACAGCACUGGUGGGUGAUAUUUGAAGUAGCAAGUUGUUGCUGGAGAGAGCGAGGGAGAAGGAGCCAGACAGAGCGCACGACGAGACGUGGCCGGUAGCAGUCAGUCAACGAGGGUAAUAUCCCCGUGCGAGUCAGCACACGGGCAUACAGAGCGAGAGGUGGGCACCCGUCCCGGACACUUUACAGUAGGCUGGUUACCUCCUGUUACAAAUUCAUAUAUGAAGAAAAGCAAUCAGGUGGUCCUGAAUGGAAAAUUGCUGAAUUUAUUUACAACUACAAAAAGGCGAAUAAAACGAGAGUACUGGUGAGACAGAUGGUGGUGAGGCUGAGGCAGGCUGUGAUGCAUGGAGGAGGAGGCAGAGGAGACACAGAGAGAAAGGUUCCAUGACUUUAUGGAGACAUUUUCAUUUGUAAUUCCUGAGACAUUUCUUCCCAUUCUUUCCAAGAAGUUGGAUACACAACAUCAACACUCCCAGUAAACUGGACACAUGAAUAUUUGUUGUGCUACAAGAGCUACACCAGAGCACCCAGACAGACCAAGUCUCAAGGAACAGGUUGGCAAGGACACAGGAGAGGCAUCAUGGGAGGAACAAAACGGGAUAAGAAAUGUGACGACUGACUGAGUGAAAGAAGAAAACGUCAGAGAAAGAAGGAAAGAGAGAAGGAUUGUGCGUUCUCUACUUUCUCAGAAGUGCAGCCCCUAAAUUCCUGUUACUAUGCCUGAGAGAGGGAGGGCAGCAGACCAGUCAAAAUGAACCCCUACGUCACCUCUCACUUUAGGAGGGAUCUCUUUCCCCACUUCCACUUGUUGUAGAGGCUUCUCUUCUCUUCACCCCUCUCUUACUGUUUGUGUGACAUGGGUACACCUGUUUCUGUGUUAACCUAGGACAACAGGUAACAUCUGUCUCUGUAAACCUAGGACAACAGGUAACAUCUGUCUCUGUAAACCUAGGACAACAGGUAACAUCUGUCUCUGUAAACCUAGGACAACAGGUAACACCUGUCUCUGUGUAAACCUAGGACAACAGGUAACACCUGUCUCUGUAAACCUAGGACAACAGGUAACACCUGUCUCUGUGUAAACCUAGGACAACAGGUAACACCUGUCUCUGUGUAAACCUAGGACAACAGGUAACAUCUGUCUCUGUAAACCUAGGACAACAGGUAACAUCUGUCUCUGUAAACCUAGGACAACAGGUAACACCUGUCUCUGUAAACCUAGGACAACAGGUAACACCUGUCUCUGUGUAAACCUAGGACAACAGGUAACACCUGUCUCUGUGUAAACCUAGGACAACAGGUAACAUCUGUCUCUGUAAACCUAGGACAACAGGUAACAUCUGUCUCUGUGUAAACCUAGGACAACAGGUAACAUCUGUCUCUGUAAACCUAGGACAACAGGUAACAUCUGUCUCUGUAAACCUAGGACAACAGGUAACACCUGUCUCUGUAAACCUAGGACAACAGGUAACACCUGUCUCUGUGUAAACCUAGGACAACAGGUAACACCUGUCUCUGUGUAAACCUAGGACAACAGGUAACAUCUGUCUCUGUAAACCUAGGACAACAGGUAACACCUGUCUCUGUGUAAACCUAGGACAACAGGUAACACCUGUCUCUGUGUGAACCUAGGACAACAGGUAACACCUGUCUCUGUAAACCUAGGACAACAGGUAACAUCUGUCUCUGUAAACCUAGGACAACAGGUAACAUCUGUCUCUGUAAACCUAGGACAACAGGUAACACCUGUCUCUGUGUAAACCUAGGACAACAGGUAACAUCUGUCUCUGUAAACCUAGGACAACAGGUAACACCUGUCUCUGUAAACCUAGGACAACAGGUAACACCUGUCUCUGUGUGAACCUAGGACAACAGGUAACACCUGUCUCUCUGUAAACCUAGGACAACAGGUAACAUCUGUCUCUGUAAACCUAGGACAACAGGUAACAUCUGUCUCUGUAAACCUAGGACAACAGGUAACAUCUGUCUCUGUAAACCUAGGACAACAGGUAACAUCUGUCUCUGUGUAAACCUAGGACACCAGGUAACGACUGUUGCCUUGGUAUUCUCCUGUGUUGUGCCUUUGUUGCUCCUACUCAGGGUGUUACACUGUAAACUGUCCUCAGUGAUUUGGUCAAGGUGUUACACUGUAAACUGUCAUUAGUGAUCUGGUCAAGGCGUUACACUGUAAACUGUCCUCAGUGAUUUGGUCAAGGUGUUACACUGUAAACUGUCAUUAGUGAUCUGGUCAAGGUGUUACACUGUAAACUGUCCUCAGGGAGCUGGUGAAGGGUUUGAACUGUUCCUCAGGAACCUAGUAACAUGUUUAGCUUGUUCACUGGGGGUCAAAGACUUGCCAGCGUUCGAAACUACAGUCCACUGGAAAUGUGUACAGAAGGUAAAGUCUAAUAUCGCAACCAAACCUUUUUUAUGUCAUUUAGAUUUGCCCUGAAUCAAACCUUUUGAGUUUUCUUUGUUUUUAUCCCCAAGGGAUUUGGCAUGCAACAAACAAAAAAAUCUCUCUUCCCAAAAUAUUACCUUUGUUUGCCUCAGUGAGUCGUUGUUUUUACCCAGUUUUCCUUGCACGUCCUCUGCACAUUAUUGCCACAUUUUUCCAAAGGAAUUAGACUGGAAGCUUUUCUGAAAUGGAUAAACGUGUGUUCUCUGUCAAGCAGGGGUGUUGAGUGUGACACUUGAACCAAGAGGAGAGAACUAAAGCCAACCCGUUUGGAAAAAACAAGGAUACGGCACCUCCCGUCCCAGGAUUGGACAGGAUUUGACCUCUGAAAGAACCUUUGCGCUCUGAGUUUUCAUAGAGGUCCUCCACAGGUGUAUGCCCUGUGUGCCUGUUACCCCUCCCCUCUUUCCCCACAACCGGCCAAUAGGAUUCUGCUCCUCCUACACAUUCACUUGGACUCUAUAAUAGGUGUUGUAUAGAAUUAAUCCUGGUAUCAUAUGUAUAGGAUGGUACACACAAAUAGGUACACAGAAAGUAUACACAAUUGUACAUGCCUUGGCAUUCUAGUCAAGUAAUUUCAUUCUCUCUCCUUUUAUUUAUUGUCUUUCUCCCUCUCUUUCCCUCACUCCCUCUGUUAUAGAGAAUUCUCCCAUGCAGUUGUAGUGGCGAGUAAGUCUCCUUAUUGUUGUAUAAAUCUUUACAACACUGAGUUAAUACGAUGUAGUUGAUCUGGUCAGUAGUCAGUCUGUGCAGUGUGUUCUGUGCUGAAUUGACAAUGCCUUUAGGAGAAACACAGAGACUCUCAGGAAUAGGAUAUCCUGUUAAAAAAGCAGUCACCUGAGAGAGCCACAAACAUAUUUCAAAUGUCUCUAAAAGUCUGCUUUUGUUGUGCCAAGAACUCACCACUGACAUUUGAGGACUUUUGUGGCUUGGAAAAGAUACUUGGAUUUGAGGGGAAACUGCUGGUCACAGUCUCCCACUUGUGAGAGACACUGACUCUCAUCCUUUCAAGCUUCUCAGUUCCUGUAGCCUGCUCAAUGUGUUUCCCUCGUGCUGUUUCAAACUGUCAGCAAAACUCCCGCUCCCUCGUAAGAUGGCCACAGACUAUGGGUCCCUCCUGUUGAUACCCUGGACACGUGUGUAACCUCCCUCUUCAGCCCAAAGGAGUGUAAGUGCUACAGCGACUAUACAGUAUUACUGCGAGACUGUCUAUCUACUGCUGUGGAAUACGUUUCUGAAACAACACUGCCUGUUGACCAGAGGAGUAUAUACAGCAACAAGUUGACCACUGAGCUUCCUUCAAGAGAAUGGAAGGAAGACUGUGAAUCAGGACACUGUAGAGCUGUGAGGAACCCUGACUGUUAAUAAAAAGUUAGUGGAACAAUGAUCCAGGAAGUGAGCGAAUUCAUCUACUGCUGGAUAGAGCUUUUCCUCAUGGAUCUACCUUUACCACAUCAGAUGGAUUACUUUUCACCAUAGAAACAGUGGAACUGGAAAGAAGUACAGAACACCAGGUUCUUAUCAAUACCUAGGUGGUCAUAAACGCACAAAGCACAUAGGAGUUGAGACUACAGCUUCAUCAGCGUAAGACAUUGUAUUUAGCACCAUGGGAGCGGCGCGUGUUAAGCGACGUUUCAGUGUGGUGGUUGACGGGCUGGUAGACGAGGAGGAAGUCAUUAAGCUGGCUCUGAGUGUUGCUGACACGGCCAGGGUGGGGGAGAGCACGGGAGGCUCAGGGAGCCCCACCAGCCCCACUCCCACACACAACCGAAAUGGCAAAGCACUCCCCCUGCAGGGCAACGGCAGCAAUGCACGGAGGCCCAGCGGAGCCCUGGAGGCAGGAGGGGAAGGAUCGAUGAAAGGAGGAGGGCGCUCAGGACUGAGGGGCGGGAGGGGCGGAAGUCUGGGGAGAAGGGGAGAAGGCUGUUUGUCCUCGGACCGAGAUUCAACAUUGUCGUCCCCUUCCUCCUCAAGCCGCCGGCCCACCCGGCGCUCUAGCCGCCGGCCCCGCCACCGCUUUGUGGGCAAGGACGGGCGCUGCAACGUCACCUUCGUCAACAUGAGCGAGAGGGGCCAGCGUUACCUCAGCGACCUCUUCACCACCUGCGUGGACAUCCGCUGGCGUUGGAUGCUAGUCAUCUUCUGCCUCUCCUUCCUCCUCUCCUGGCUGCUCUUUGGCUUCGCCUUCUGGCUCAUUGCCGCCUCGCACGGGGACUUCGCCAUCCGCCUCAACCCCAGCUCGGGUGCCUCUUCCGGGGGAGGAGAUGAGUCCGGGGCAGGGGCAGUGGUGGAAGUGGAGGAAACGUGUUUCGUUCAGGUGAACAGCUUUAUGGCGGCCUUCCUGUUCUCUCUGGAGACGCAGACGUCCAUCGGUUACGGCUUCCGCAGCGUGACCGAGGCCUGCCCCCUGGCGGUGAUGGCGGUCGUCUUGCAGUGCAUUGUGGGCUGCAUCAUUGACGCCUUCAUCAUCGGAGCGGUCAUGGCGAAGAUCGCUAAGCCCAAGAAGCGUAAUGAGACGCUGUUGUUCUCUGACACGGCAGUGGUGGCGCUGAGAGACGGGAAACUCUGCAUGAUGUGGAGGGUGGGGAACCUACGCAAGAGCCACCUGGUAGAGGCACACGUACGUGCACAGCUAUUGAAGCCGAGGGUGACCCCAGAGGGAGAGUUCCUCCCGCUGGACAACGAGGACAUCAACGUGGGAUUCGACACAGGAACCGACCGCAUCUUCCUGGUUUCCCCGGUAACCAUCGUCCACGAGAUCAACGAUGAGUCGCCGUUUUUCGAGAUGGACCGUCGGACGCUGGAGGGCGACGCAGAGCUGGAGGUGGUGGUCAUUCUGGAGGGUAUGGUGGAGGCCACGGCCAUGACCACACAGUGUCGCAGCUCCUACCUCGCCUCCGAGAUCCUCUGGGGUCACCGCUUCGAACCUGUGCUCUUCGAGAGGAAGAACUGUUACCAGGUGGACUACUCGUUCUUCCACCGGACCUAUGAGAUUCCCAGCACACCCUCUUGCAGCGCUAAAGAGUUGGCCGAGCAGAAAUACAUCCAGGGCUCACGCUCCUCCUUCUGCUAUGAGAACGAAGUAGCCCUGCAGCUCAUCUCCCCUGACAAUGACCCUGAGGGCAACCCUGGCGGCUGCCCCUCCCCCCUGACCCACCGAUCCUCCCUCUCACAACCCACCCACACUAACUAGGGAGGCGACAGGCAGAGGGGACAGGAAUUGACCUGGGAUCCACAGGAAGUCAGGGACAGACAGAGGGAGAGAGAGAGAGGCAGAAUGAGAGACAGGCUUCAUAGGGAAAGAGACCAAAGUAGAGAAAGGUAAGUACACGAUUUAGGGAAAAGGACAAUAUUGAGAGACUGAAGUUGAGAGAGGUGUAGAAAGAGAAACAGAAGACACGACAAAGACGCCGAGAGACAAACGGAGAGAGAGACUGUAUACUGUCAAACAGAGAGAGAAAAGGACAGACAGAUAGGACAGAAAAGGAGAGAGAGAAGUGUCAUUGAAAGGGGUAGAUGGGCUGCUGCUACUCUGACUGUGUUGGCUGAUUUGGACAUAGCGAUCUUUCAGAAUCAUUAUGAACCCGUCUGUCUCAGACUCGUCCCGUCAACCAACCGCUACAUUCACCACUGGCUCCAGCACCUAGCUGACAACACAUACAACACUGACCCCUAUUGGCUUCAGUCUGUAACUGCAGCUCCUAUUCAGUUACAACUCACACUGGACACAUGGGAGUAAGGUGAAGCUGCCCCCUAGACACUGAGCUAUGACCAGUUUAGUGUUUCUGCCCCCUAAUGGUGAAGGUUAGGUUUUGGAGAGGCUAAUCUGAUCCUAGAUCUGUGCCUACGGGUAACUUCUACCCCAAACCUGUGGAUGUUGAAUACUGUGUGACAGAAUGAGGUAAAACGGUGUAAUCUACACAUUGAGGGCUGUUUGUUAUGAACUGAAUGAGAAGGUAUUAUUGAUAUGUUUUGGAUUCUGGUCAUUUGUGUUCUGUCAAGGUUUGAGCAGGUCUGUUGUGUUAGACUGAUAUGUAACAAAAUGGAUACAGAAACAGCUGAAAAUAAGCAGCGGUUUCAAGCGGUUUCUUUGACUUGUACUGUACUGUAUGUUGUUAUUCUGUAUUUAUAAUGCAAGACUAUUAUAUAUUUGCUUUAUUUAAUCAAACAUGUUGCAUGUUCAACUGGGUGCAGUGUCAGCACAAAACCAUAUGAGUGCAUAGUCUGGUAACAUGUUAUUUUAAGGUCUACUUCUAAACUUAUGAUUCAUUGUUUAAUAUGGUUAACUAUGGUUAACAAACAAAGGUUUAUAAGUACUUUGUAAGCAGAACUUUUAUUAAAAUGUUACCUUAUGUUAUUUUUAAAUUCUACAGUACCCAGCUGAAGGGACAAUCUUAUGUUAAUGUUUACCUCUGUCUUGAAUAUGAGAUUCUGUCACCUAAGAUUCUGUGUUCCUCAAACAUUUAACUUUGUAUGAUUUUCCUCAGUAUUUUAUUUAUUUAGUUAAUUUUCUGAAUACUGUAUAUUUGGUUGAAUUUUAAGGGAGAAAUGGGGGGAUGUUAAAGGUAGACUCAGCGAUAUGACGUAGAUGCAGAAAGUAAACAGCAUAGUAGGUCAAUUUCCACAACAACUAAGAGCGUUGAAGUGUGAGGCUCAACUUCUCAGCUGUUUAAAUAAAUAGUGAGGGUAUUCCAUACCGGUAAAACAUGAGCCUAUCACAAUAAUGAAAACAAUAUGUUACCGCGGCUGAGAUGAAUGGCUGACACCGAGACGCGCGCGGACAGCAGUGGACGCAUAACUUCUGGCCUAAUGACGAUCACCAAAACGUCCUUACACUUUGUGGUGUUUUGUGUAAAAUAUGUCUCUUUCCAUUCACCACUGUUUGGAGGCUGGAAAUAUGUUGAGAGUGGAUGAACAUGUAAAGGAGCCCUUUGAAGUGAUUCUUUGACAAUCAGGCGUUUGUUUGACAAACAUCAUGACUGGUGGUUUAUGCCACAGUAAAAGGUAAUACAUUUUAAAAGUUAAAUAACAAAUCUUUAGUACUAGGCCCACAGAGAUCCUAAUGAAUUAAUAGAGAUUCUAUAUGUAAUGAAUGAAUAGGGAUUCUAUAUGGAAUUCUGUGAUCAUGGGAACAUAGGAGGUCCCAUACUUGGAAGAAAUGACAUCUACUUUCACCCGUGUGUGUGAGACUGUGAUAGUGAAUUCUUGCAUCUCGCUCAUCUCAGUAACUGCAGUGCUGCUCGUGGCAACGU